AUGACGAUUUGGAGUCCAGACGACUCCAAGUCACUUGAGCUACGACCAUACAAGGUCACUGAUCUACAAAGACCUACUUCUAUGCUACAAGAAAGAACCGGACAGUCUUCGAAAGAGACGCAAUACGCCCAUGAUAUACAUGAUUCAGUGAUUGAAGGCUCGGAAAAUAUAACCCGCAAGGCCGGUCCGACAGAUUUUUCCCCACUGGAAGACGAACGAAACCCAGAUUUUCAUGUUUGCUCAACUCUGCGAUGCCCCCACGUCUGGUGCAACGACCAUCUCGAUCCGGCUAGCCAUUCGAGAGCCACUGACGGCAUUUUGAUCCCCGCGGCUACGCAACCUGUCGUGCCCUGA